AUGUCGAAGUCAAAGAGCGCAGGCCCUUCUGGGGGCUACCAUCAAGAAUAUAUCGCCUCCCUUCGUUAUCGCAAUGACCUCCCCGUUCCUGACAUGCCUCCGAAAUUCCUAGAGGUGCCCCACGAAGGGCUUGAACACUUCCUUAGCCCUGGGUUUACAGCUAAUAUGGUGCGUCGUGAGGAGCUUAAUAUUGAUGUGGACGCUGAGGGAGGGAUGACGAUUGAUCUCGUUGGGAUUCCCGGAUUGCACCUGGGCGAUGAAAGCGCUAUAAUGGCUCCUGAUAAUCCUCCAACUUUAGACCCAGCCGACCUGCCUUUACUCAUGAACCCUGAACAAUUAAGGAACCCUGCACCAAAAAACGCAAAUGUCAGCUUUCUUCGCCGAACACAAUACAUUGCUACGACGGGAGCUGGUCGCAAUGCAGAUUCAAAGCUCACAACCUCUGGUGGCUCUAAAUUCAAAGUACAGAAGCCCAAACCGUCGCGCGAUGAGCCCUUGCAUAUCAAAAAGUACAUUAUCAAAGGAUUUGACAUUGCGUACCCAAAAAGCAAACACAUAGGAGAGGAUACUGGCGCACGUAUUAGAGGCCUCCCCUCUACUAAGACUGAGCUUGAUGCCUGGGCCACUCCUGUCCACCCAGACAACCCCAAACUAGAGCCUUUAGGGUGCUACCCUAUUAUUCCCGACGUCGGAGGUUUCCCUGAUCCUGGUGGCUUCUUGCAAUUUAAAUUCGACAAAGCACCCGUUCAGUCUAUAAAAGGAAGACGCGAUGAUCGAAUGGAUAUUGGAAUUUUACUUCCAUCCGCCCCAGAAGAGCGAGUUUCGCAGGAUCAUGCAUCAAAAAUUGCCCUGCACAAGGCAAAUCCCAACAUGUAUCCUGACCCUGGCCCGGUUCCCUGGGACUAUGAUCUUUUCUUAUCUAGAAAGGAAGACUCGGUAAAGAAUAUUAAGAGUAGCUUAAAUAUCCUCAACUCCAACCGAGAUGCGGCAAAGUAUUACUCCCAUGAGAACCAGGAUGGAGUACGUUACCAUCAAUAUGACCGUCUUCGCACCUAUGCGACCAGCACGCAGAUUCUCAACACCCAGCAGAAAUAUAAGGAUGUUGCCCUUGUCUUAUUCAAACCUGAUCAGGCUACCUCGGACACCCGACUCACCCAGAAAGCCGCAUAUUACUAUCCUAUCUUAGCAAAAACUCGCUUGAAGCCCGAGCGUUCUCGUACGAUUGCCCAAGCCGGAUUGGCCCCUACGCGUGGUAAAUCUAAGGAGGACCAAAUACACCAGAUCCAGGUUGCAGUGCGAGAUCCCAAUGAGAGUGAGGCGCAUAAGAGAGCAAGUCAUCGUGCGCAAAUAGACUCUGUGUUUGCGAAGACAAUGCCUCCACCGCCUUCCCCUGAUGAGCUGCUUAAAGACGAUGUUGAUGCAGAGGGCGAAGAAGUAGAUUUAAUAUGA